AGAAAAUUACAAACAAAACAAAAAAAAAAGGAAAUUCAUCGUGUGCGAAGAGUAUGACGAAAAAAAUCUAAAAACAAAAAUUGUGCAUCGGUGUGGUCUAGUUGUUGUGCGCCGCCUUGCGUUGCUGUCGUCGUGUUGCUCUGUGUGUUCUUGUUUGCCGCCGGUUGCGUUGCUGCCGUCGUGUUGCUCUGUGUGUUGUUGUGUUUCCUACAUCUUCCUUUCUUCUUUUGCGUCUUUUCCGUAAGGUAUCAAUGAAGACGUUGUUGAGGACGACGAUGUAAAUGAUUAAUUUUAAGAGAACGAUUCAAGUGAUGAGAAUGAAGUAGGUGAUGAAUUUCAAGAAGACGACAUAGGUGAUGAAGAGGAUGAUGGAGAUGACUUUUAGUUUAAAAAACUUAAAUAAGCAUAUUAAACUUAAAGAAAUUAUGCAUUUUGUCAUUUUGAUAACAACUUAAAAGCGUUGCCUAAGAUGACACCGAAAACGUCCCCUUUUCCUGUAUUUUAGGCGACGCUUUAGAAAAUCGUGGCCAAAAAGUAAAAAUAAAUGUCCCCUAAAACAAUAGGCAACGCUCGCACAGAGGACGGCUGGAAAUCGUCCCCUAUUCUUUUAGGAAACGUUUUUCGCAUUUCUGGCUACACUUUUCAAUUGUUGUUAAAGAGGAAAAAUGUUGUAGUGCCGCUUGCACUAAACAUUGUCCCCAAUGUUUUUGUACCCGCCGGAGAGGACUUACAGAGCAUCUUACUGAGGAGGAGGAGGAAAAUGCAACAUCAAGUGUUGCAUCAUGCUAUGCAUCUCUGUCAUCAUCACGCCUUGACGAGUUUGUUCAGCUCCUUGACGGUGUAACUCCAGACCUUGGCGUGCUUGUUCACCUCGGAGGUCAGCAAAUUCACCAUGUAUCCAUUGCCAUUCUUCACUCGUGAAAGAGGAAGAUUGACUACCACCUUGCGAUGAUUGACCCGUGUCUACCUGUAUAUGCUCCCUUUCGGCAUUCGGCCGAAACUGAAAACUGCUCCUAAAAAUUUCACGAUAGAGCCAAUUCUCCUCGCUAAGGGUGGACGUACGUGCAGGGUUUGGAAGAGUCAUGACCACCGUUUUCUCAACUUUGUACUCGUAAGUGGUACCGUUCAUCAGUAUCACAAGUUAGUUAAUCAAAGCAAGCAUAUCCAGUUUAGUCAUACCUGCGACGGGCUCAUGAUGAUACACCACCGGGUCAUAGCCAAGAAAUUUAGCUAUUUAAGUAAUGAUACCUCAAACACAAAUGUCACCAGAAACCGCUUUUCCCACUUUGCUUAAAUGUGCGGCCACAAAAGCAGCCACAUUAACCGGAGUGUCCGAGAUCAUAGAGGACAUAAGAAAAAGCUCAGUUUGGGAAAUAACUCCCUGACUGUCACCCCUGCCAAACAUAGAAUAAGCCAAGCAUUUUUACACAUAACGAAAACAUGGAUUGUGAAUCCGUGAGGCUUUCGCGUCUUUAGCGACAUAUUCUGUUCAUGUGAUCUUACCCCAAAACCUUCCUGGUACAAAAUCUGCAGGCAAUUUACCCGGUCCAUCAACGGGUAUACUAAGGAUAGCACCUAAUUCCUCUAGAGUCAACCGGUGCUGCGUCUGAAACAACUGAAAGGUGAUUGCACCGGUACACAUAGGGAGUCUUCCUUCCCAGUCCGUAUAGACCUCGUACUCCACUGAACUCAAGAACUCCAAGGUUAUCCGUUCAUAAGUUGGUGUCGUACGCACCAUAAAGUCUAACAGCCCUAUUUUAUUCAACAGUCUAUGCACAUCUUCAGACAAACCCAAUUCAGCUAAAGUAGAAGGACACAUACCUGUUCGGAACUAACCGUCGGUCCUUGUGUUUUGCAUACCGGACUUCAUGAGCGGGGUGGGUGAAUGUGAUCCCAUGAGCAUUCUCGUUGUCAGGCUCAACCGCCGGUUCAACAUUCCUCCAUGGUCGGGUUUGUGGUCUCGAAGAUCCAUCCUCGGUUGGUCUUCUUCUGAAAGCAUUCUUUGGGGGAAUUUUGGGCACGUGAAAAUUUCACAAAAACUAAAAAUGCGAAUUAGCGAAAACGGCCACCGUAGGUAGAUGGAGAACGACGAAUGGAACACUUUUUGUGAAGUGGGUGUGGGGAAAAAAACGAAAUUAGAGAGAGAUGGAUGAAGGUUUGUGUUGGAGGUUUAAUGGAGGUGAGGAGUUUUUGUGGGAGAAGAAAGAGGAAGAAGGAGAAAAGUGAGGGAAGAGAAAGGAAAAAAUAGGGUUUAGGUGUGGGAAGCGCGGGACCCACAAGCAAGAGAAAAAAAUUUUCAAAAUCUGGCUCGCUGACACGGGCGUGUCAGCCAACACGGUUAGACCGUGUCCGAGUCUGGAAAACCACUUUUGUUCCUCAAAAAAUAUACCCAGCGUGACACGGCCGUGUCAGCCAACACGGUCAGACUGUGUCCGGGUCUGGAAAAGAAAUUUUGGCCCCCAAAAUUUUUUAUCAGUGUGACACGGCCGUGUCAGCCAACACGGUCAGGCCGUGUCAAGCACUGUUCUUAGAAAAUAUUGGCCUUCUUGGAUUUUCUGCUCUUUUCACUCCUUGAUAGCCGUGUUUCAAAAACAACCUACAAAACAAAAACAAUAAACAAAGAAAACUGUUAAGAACAAUAAUAGUGGGUUGUCUCCCACUAAGCGCUUCGUUUAACGUCGCAUGGCUCGACGGACGUCCACCUCAUUAGGUGAGACCCACAUGAUCAAUUGAUCCAGCUUCCUGCCCAGCAUAAUAGGGCUUCAGCCUCUGUCCAUUGACUUUGAAUAUGUCCCCAUUGGCUUGGUUUUUAAUUUCAAUCGCACCAUGUGGGAAUACCUUGUGCACGACAAACGGCCCUGACCAUCUUGACUUUAAUUUUACAGGAAACAACUUCAGCCUCGAAUUAAACAACAACACUAGUUGUCCUUCCCAAAAGUCCUUCUUAAUAAUUCUUUGAUCAUGCCACUUCCUUGUUUGUUUCUUGUACACUUUGCAUUUUCAUAAGCUUGAUCUCUAAAUUCCUCUAACUCAUGUAGUUGAAGAAUUCGAGACUCACCGGCUUUUACAAUAUCGUAGUUAAGGAAUUUAGAAGCCCAAAACGCCUUGUGCUCAAGCUCGAGUGGCAAAUGGCAAGCUUUACCAUAAACCAACUGAUAAGGUGACAUGCCUAUGUGCGUUUUGAAUGCAGUCCUGUAUGCCCAUAAUGCAUCUUCUAGCUUCAUCACCCAAUCUUUUCUUGAGGCGCUCACCGUCUUUUCGAGAAUCUUCUUGAUUUGCCUGUUCGAUACCUCUACCUGACCAAUAGUCUGAGGGUGGUAAGCUAUUGCAAUCUUGUGCUUCACAUUAUACUUCUUCAGCAGAUUCUCCAUCAACUUAUUCAAAAAAUGAGUACCUUCAUCGCUUAUGAGUGUUCUGGGUACACCGAAUCUGGAGAAAAUGUUGUUCUUGAGGAAAUUCACUACCACCUUAGCAUCAUUUGUAGGAAGAGCAACUGCUUCAACCUGUCAUACCCUAAUUUUUGACCCCCCUGAGAUGGCAUAUCUUCAGGAUUUUUCAUCAGGUCAAGACAAGUUUCCAGAGCAGUUACUUCUCCAUCUGGUAUCUAAUCGAGGAUGCUCAAAGACAAGAAAGCUCAGGCAAAGGAUCAAUCAAUACAAGGAUGAGUCCCUAAUACAAUCAUGGGGCUCAAGGACUUCAUUUUUCUCAUCUAUGAUUGAUUGGACAUCCAGUCAUCUGAGUACAGGUUUACUCAGGUCACCAAACUAGGGUUUUGAGCCUAAUCAAGGACUGAAAUCAGGGAUCACAUUUGGGAAACCCUAAAAAGCCCCAGGAAACUAUUCAAAGACAUCAAUCAUCUUCAAAUAACUCAUAUGACAAGAUCCACUGGACAUUACAUCUCAGUUCAAAGUCUACAGUCAUCAUUGUCCUCUGGUCGACAAUUAGGGUUUUUGACCUAAUUCACCAAGAUAGUUGACUUUUAAUCAGGGCAUGAAUUCAAAACUCAAGACAUGAUUCAAAAAUCUCUACUACCUCAAUAUAAUCCAUUUACAUCAUUCAUUUGAGGAAAAGAUCUUGGUUCUACACAAAAGCCCAAAAAUUCACUUUGUCAGGAAAAGUCAACUGUGUGGGAUCAUCAUUGACUUUUAAGAUUUUUGGUCAAAAAAUGACUUUCAAAGAUCAAUAUCAUCAAUAUAUGGAUGUCAAAGUCAUUUGACCAAAGAAAUUCAAAGAAAUUCAUCAAGGAGCAAAAAGUCGGGAAUUAGGGUUUUUGAAGGCAUGGUGAGAACUCAAAAUUUCACCUACACAACUCAAAAAACUUCCAACAUGAAAGUUGUAGAUCUUGCAAAAUAAAACAACAUCUUACAAAGGAACUUUUUUCAAAAGAUCAACCAUUUAUGAAGUUUUGGAAAUUUUGAAGUUUAGGACAUAAACACUUAGAAAUUUUUCUAAGUGUUUUAACCUAGUUUUCAUCCAACUUUGGGCUCAUUUUUCACAAAUUUCCCAAAUGAUUCUGAAGAAGACAUAAACUAAUGAUUUAAAGUAGAUGUUUAGGGCUUUCCAAAUUGUGUUCAACCUUCUCCAAAUUCAAUUUGAGCUAAGAGUUAUGCUUGUUCAAAGUUGGCCUCAUGAAGUAAAAUUAUAGGUCAUGUGCAAAUUGGAACUUUGCAAUUUUGUGCAUUUUGCUUCACUAAUGGAUGCUACACGACCCAUAACACAUCUGAAAACAUUCCAUGCAUUCAUUUUCACCAUGCCAUGAUAAUUGAAGAAGAUUCCUAAAACAAGAACAUGUGAUUAUGUAAUGAUUACUUUUGUGAAUUUAUGGCAAAUUGAUGAAUCACCCAAGGAAUCUUCUCAUCAACCAAUUGGAGCUCACUUUGCAUCUGAAUUGUCCCCUAAGAUCAGAUAGAAUCAAUGGAUAGGGGAGGUGGCUCGAAAAUGCAAUGAUCACACUUGGAUAUUCUUUGAAAUUUCUUCAUGGCUAAGAAACCAAACUUGCUUCACUAAGCAAGCUCACUCUCUCACUCAGUACUGAGACAUUUGCCUAUAAAUAGGAGAGCAUAAUUCAGUAGAAAAACACACCAAAGCAACAGAAUUCUUGCUUUCUCUCUUCUUUCUCCAUACUUAAGGUUUUCAAAGGUUCUUUGGCAAGAAGACUCGGAUUCUUCAAACCAAAGCUCUUCCCUUGGAAUUAAGUAUUCAAACACAUUAGGGGAGUCAUUUAGAGGUGAUCCAAACCUCUGAAACACUUCUGGGAGUGAGGAAUCAUCAUCUUCACCUCUCACUUGGAGCUGUUGCAGUUGGGGUCGAGCAAGAGGUUCUGGGUACUUUCAGUCCAAGCUAAGCAUCUCAACACCUUCCAGGAGGAUCACUGAAGCUAUCUGGAUCGUUGCAACAACUCUGCAACACAGUUUGAUCGGAGCCAGAUCUUCAUUUUUCAGGUAAGUUUCCAAAACUUCAAACUCUAUGAUUCACGCAUGAUAAAUUAAAAAUGAAGUUACCAGUUGGUUUCUGCACCUUCAUAGAUCAUUAGCCCUCAAUCAAUUGCAUCAAAGCAUACAUAUAUAGCAUUUCAUGUUUAAUUUCAGUUUUAGGGUUCUUAGUGUUCAUGCAUGCGAAUUUUAUGUUACACUUAGAAUAAAUAAAAUUAAAGAACACCAUCAUAAUCCUCGUCCAAAAACGAGCAAAAUCCAUGUUUACAUCUUUAAGUUUGGUUGAGAAACGAAGGAGAUAGCAAAUUCAAAAAAUCUGAAGCUUGAGGUUGAAGAUGAAGAUGGUGGCGCCAUUUUUUUGAAUUUCCCAGAUUUAAGUUUAUUUUAUUUUGAAUGAUGGGUAUGUUAUCUACGAAUUCAUCGUAGUGUCCCAAUGGUUACAGCGCGCGUCCAAAAGCCUUGCCUUGCCUUAGGUCUGGGGUUCGAUCCCCCCCUCAGACCUUUUGUUCAUUUUAUUUUUCCAACUCAUUUAAUGCCUUGCUUUCACAUAUAAUCAUUUGGGCUCUUUCUUUAAGCAGGCCACGCGCGUGGCCCAGUUGGUAUUUGUUUUGUUUGGCAACCAAGAGGGCGUGAGUUCAACCCUUGGUGAGACCAAACCAUAUUUUUACUACUAUUUUUCUUCAUUUUUUUUAACAACUUCACACAAUUAAUUCACCUAUCAAAUUAAAUCAUUUUCACCUCAUUUUUCACACACUUGCUAUUCAAUAUAUCUAUUUUGUGAAUCAUCAAAAAAAUCAUAAAAAUAUUAUUUAUUUCAUAUAUUUUUAUUAGGUUUAAAAAGGUAUGUUUUAAGUGUUUUCUUAAAUACUUUAAAAUAUUAUUUUCAUUUUGUUUUAACCUAAUUACUUUGUGAAUAAUUUUAUGAUAAAACCCUAAUUGUUUAGGUCUUAAUUAGUUAAAAGUUCUUUAUUUUUACCUUAAUUAAUUUGACUUUUGUCAAUAUUCAAAAUUGUUUUCAAUCUCUGAUUAAACGGAUGAUUAGGGUUUUCAAACAACAAAACCUUGCAUCAUUCCAAAUCUUUUUUUUCAAAUUGCUUUUACACCAGUACUGUAAAGUACUGGGCCUCUAAUAGAGUGUAAGUCCCAAAAACCUUCUCUUCUUAGCUUGUUUUCAAAACUGUAUUUUCAAAAUCUUCUUUCUGUUUUCAAAACAUUCUUCUGGUAUUUGAAGGGCAUUAUUCCCGGUGAAACUCUUCAGAUACCAAUGUGACCUUUGUCCAUCUUCACUUCUUCUGUUUUCAAAACCAUUAACUGUUUAUCAUAUAUAUUCAACUGUUAUCAACAAAACAACAAAAAUACUAUUGAGGCUCUGUACAUACUUCUUCAAUGGCCUCCGCUCCAUCCAGGUUAGGCUUUACAAGCUUUCAAUUUACAGUCUUUAUUUAAAUUACUGUCAAAUAUAAACUGUGCAUAUAUUAGUUUAGAACUGUGUUUGAGUAUAAACCUUAGGACAGUUAAACUAUAUAUAUAUUAUAGGAAUAUGGCCUAGGAUUGAGAAUGUCUUCCCGGUGAAGGCUCUUUCCUAAUUAGAGAUCUGUAGUUCAAACCCCCAAGAUGAAUUAUUCCCGGUGAAACAUCUUGGCAAAAACCUUAGAAUCCAAAUAAUAGGACACAUCCACCCAAAGAGGAAUUAUUCCCGGUGAAACCUCUUACCCAUUUGCUUAGAGCCAAAAUAAGUUCAAAACCACAUAAGCUUUCUCUUGUGCUAUAACAAGGACCCUCGAUUAGCCUCCUCUUGGGCUUUGUACAAGGACCCACAGGCUUCUUAAAAGCAUUUCCAGCUUCCUCUUGAGCUUGUAUACAAGGACCCAUCAGGUUUCUUAUAAACAUAGGAACAGGUCUUUAGUCACCUUUUAGCCUACCCUGGUGAGUUUCUUCCAAUUUAAACCAGACUUUAAACAAGCUAAGUUUGUCUCAAUUUUGCAUUGAGUACACUUUUUGGAAUGAGAGACAUGGACAGUCUCUGUCACCCUUAUCUUCAUCAAUCUUCCUUAGCAGAGUCUAGGAUCCAUGUUUGAUCAUCCUCAGCAUUGAGUCAGCCUUCAUCUUGGGCUUUAAACAAGAAGUCUCCACUAGAUAAUCUUUCUGCCAUUCAUAUUAACAAAACCCCCGGGAAAGGGUUAGCCUCCAACAUCUGUCUAAAAUGUCAAAAUCCCUGGAAAGGGUUAGCUUCCACACAUUCCUUCAUUUUAAUAAAAACCCCUGGAAAGGGUUAGCCUCCAAAGUCAAUUAAUAAAAAUGUCAAAAAAAUAAAGAUUCAUUUCUCUUAGGAGAUAAUUUCCCCAAAAAAGUCAAAACCCCUGGAAAGGGUCAGCCUCCAAAAAACAUGAUAAAAGUCAGUCUUUUACCAAACAAUUUCUCCAGCUGAGUCAAAAUCCCUGGAAAGGGUUAGCUUCCAAAGAAAAACAGUCUUUUAAUAAAUAAAAUCUCCUCAGUAGAGUCAAAACCAACAAAAACAGUUAGCCUCAACCUUGGGCUUCAUACAAGGCACCCAAACAAUAAAACUCCCCUGUUAAGAGUCAGCCUCAACCUUGGGCAUUGUACAAGGCAGAUAAUAGAGUCUCCCCAGUGAGUUCUUCAUCACUCAGUAGCCACAACCUCGGGCUUUGUACAAGGCAGAUAAACCAUAUUUUUCAUGUGUCAAAGAUUCCUAACACUUAGGAUCUUUCCCCAUAUAGUCAUCCAUACUUAAUUCAUUUAAGAGUCCGCCACAACCUUGGGCUUUGUACAAGGCAGAAAAUAAUGUUUUCCCUAGCAACAGUCAGCCACAACCUUGGGCUUUGUACAAGGCACACAAAAUAGAGUCAUUCAUUCAAUUAUCCUCAACAGUUAGCCACAACCUUGGGCUUUGUACAAGGCACACAAAUAGAGUCUCCCUAAGUAGAGUCAGCCUCAAUUCUGGGCUUUGUACAGAACACAAAAAUAUCAUGUAAUUAAUCCCCAGUGGAGUCAUCUCCCAGAGUCAAUAAUAAUUAAUAAAUCAAUCAAAAAGCCUCAAGCUUGGGCCUCAUACAAGUCAGCUAAAGUCAAAUCUUUUAUACAGUAGAUAGACAUAGCUUAUCUCUAUAGAGAGAUAUUUUUACUACUCUACCACAUUCAAACAAACAAACAUUUCAUUUCAAUUUUAAUCAAGUCUCCCAUUUAGGAUUUUGAAAGGCAUGAGCUGGCAGUAAAACCCAGACAUGUGGUAACUUUCCCUAAUUUGGAUGAGCAUCUUUCUUUCAUUUAAGAGGCAUUUGACUGGUAUACUUGCACAUACACAAGUAAGGUCCCCCUCUUGAAUGAAAUGAAUUCAGUUAUUCUGUCACUCCUUUAAAUGUUUGUGGUAGAAUAGUACAAAUACCUCUCUGUAGAGAUGAUUUCAUGUCUCUUUACUGUAAACAGAGAUUUAAUUCCAAGCUUCAACCUUGAGCUUUAAGCAAGGCACCAAAAAUAAUUAAUUUCCCUAGUUAGUUCCCCGAACUACAUUAAGCUCUGACUUCCACUAGGGAUAUGUAGGCAUGAGGUUCACAAGGAAUCUCAGCGAGCUAAUAAAAUACCAAAAAUAGUCAGUUUGUCUGUCUGUCUGUCUUUUAAAAUCAAUUCAAUUCCUUCUCCUAAUACAAAGGAGAAACUUUCCCAAUCAUUAGCAAUAAACACAAACACAAUGACACAGAGAAGGUUCCUGUAGAGUACUACAGAUAUGUAGGGUGUUUAAACACUUCCCUAUGUAUAACCGACCUCCCGGACUCCAGAAUUUCUAGUCUAGGUGAAAUCCCCACACUUAGCAAACUCCUAGGGUUUAGUUGAGAUCUUUUUUCCCCUUUCCUACUCGUAGGACAAAUAAGAAAGUUCGUGUGAUAUCGUAGGAAGAACUGAAAUAAAAUUCAUCCCACCACGGGCGCAUUCUCCUUCCAAAUUUCGCGUGAAGGGUUUAGCGUGCCGUCCUCCCAAGUGAAACGGGGAGGUAAAAGAAAACGACCACCACAGAAAAAUGGCGACUCUGCUGGGGAUAUAAGUGUUAAAAACCUUGGUUUUUCAUCCAAACCAAUGGUUGACCUGUUGCUGGUCCAGCCCCAAUGAGGAAUUAGGGAUGCCAAAUUCCCCCUCAGACAAGAGAGGUCCUGCCUAACCUCUGUGUCAUUUCAUGUGUUUGUUGCAUAUAUAUUUGUUUAUUUUGUUUAUUCUGUAUCGGGAAAGGGCUUGAUUCCCCCUUGUGGUGAGAAAUCCUAUACCCGGAUUUGAGUGCAACAUAAGAUAGGAUGGAGGAUGUCUUCCCGGUGAAGGCCCUCUAAUCUUGGUUUCCAAUUCUACUCUUGGGAUUUGCCUGGCUGGUUGUGAUUAACUGCGCCACUGCAUUCCGAGACUGAUUUGUACCAGGAGGACCUAGAAACACAUUAACCCCACUUAAAGCCUUUUUUUUAGGACGUAGAGCGGUGAUUACGGAAGUAAUUGUCACGCAGAUACUACACUCAGAGAAAACUCUCUUAUAGGUACCAGUCAACGUAUCUUUAAGAUUGAGCAAAAACUCUGAGACCCCUAGAACCCGUUCUACAGGUACAAAAAUCCUUAUCCUUAGUUUACCAUUGGGGCGGGGAUUGCGUUUGGACUUCAUGACCACUAUACCCUUCAACGCCAUGUUUGUUUAAAACUCUUGUGUGUGCAUUCAUGCAUUCAUGCAUCAUUCAUUAAUAAACAACUAAAAACAAAAAGAGUCUUUUUCGAGUCGUUUUUCAAGGAAACUAAAUAACGAACGUUUUGAACUUCAUAGAAAGAAAGAAACGGAGAAAGGACUUAAGGAUCUAUAUUAUGGAUUACGGAAGAAAGAGAGCUAGGAAAUACACCUUCAAGAUUCCCCAGGUCGAGGAACUGGGAAAGCUCGGAAAACUGGUGGUCAACCCCCAGGCUUUCAAGGAGAAGUAUGGAAAACUUCUGCCUUUGCUCAAUACCAACAUGGUGGAUGGGAUCCUUCCCACCUUGGUACAGUUUUACGAUCCAACGUAUCACUGUUUCACCUUUCCAGAUUAUCAGCUCAUGCCUACGUUAGAGGAGUACUCUCGUCUGAUUGGAAUACCCGUGUACGCGCAAGAUCCGUACUCCGGUUUGGAAAAGAAUCCUGACGACAUUAUCAUUGCUGCAACUACUCCUUUGAACGUAGUCGACAUCAGAACUCAUAUGGUGAGUAGAGGAGGAAUUCAAGGAUUGCCCUCCAAAUUCCUGUUUGAUCAAGCUCGGUACUUCGCCAGCAUCCAAGAUAUGAGCGCCUUUGAGGAAGUCUUGGCUUUGCUUAUCUACGGAUUGUUUUUGUUCCCUAACAUUAACGAUUUCGUCGACAUCAACGCAAUUAAGAUCUUCUUAAUUGGAAAUCCAGUUCCAACCUUGCUUGCGGAUGCUUAUCACUCUGUGCAUUCAAGAAACCUGCAGCGAGGAGGAUUAAUCACAUGCUGCGUACCGUUGUUAUACGAAUGGUUCGUUUCGCACCUGCCAAAGUCUAGCACUUUCUGGAACAUGAGGGAUGGCCUUUACUGGUCACAGAAAAUCAUGUCUCUCACUCAUACAGACAUUGAUUGGUGUAGUCCUGACAACGACGAAACCAAGAUCAUUUUCAGUUGCGGAAGUUUUCCCAACGUACCCCUUAUUGGAACUAAGGGAGGAAUCAGUUACAAUCCAGCUUUAGCCCGUCGUCAAUACGGCUAUCCCAUGAAAAAUAUUCCAAGUAACAUCCAAUUGGAGGGUCUGUUCUUCAAGAACAUUGACGAUCAUGGCAACAUGCUGAAGGAAGAAAUUGUCCAAGCCUGGCGUCUUGUUCACAGCAAAGGGAGAAGAUUGUUAGGAAAACAUCUUUGCAUCUCCCUGGAUCCUUACCUUCAAUGGGUACGCGUCAGGGCAUUCAAGCUCUGGAUGCCAUAUCAACAUCAAGAACCUAUUCCCCUAAGGGAACCAAUUUACCUUUUCUCCACCGAUGUUGAAAAACUGCAAGCGGCAUUAAACAAGGUAUGCCAAGAAAGGAAUGCUUGGAGGAACAAGUAUCGAAUUGUCAACACGGAAAAUGUUGAGAUUCAAAACAUCCUAAGAAGGAAGGAUGAGUUACUUGAAGUACUCGAUCGACAAGUAACACAAUCGUCACUUUCUCAUCAUAUCCCUCCUGCUUCCUGGAUCAUCGAUCAGCUCACGUCAGAAAACGCUCAGCUCAAGAAACAGAAGAAGAUGUUAGAACGUGAAGUCGGCUCAUCAUCAAAGUUUUAGAGUCCUUUCUCUCAGUUUCUCUGUAUUUCCAUUUUCAA